CUGGCAGCCAGCUCAGGGCAUCGUCAGGGGUUGAUCCUUAUUCCCAUGUGGAGUACUCGUUGAUUAGCACGGCUGCUCGGGUGGCUGCCCAAUGCCCAAACACCGCGGUCUUGCUGUCGCAUGGCAGAUGACGAAGCCCACAGGGCUGUGAAGGUCGUCUAGCUCUUGGCCGGCCUUGGACGGACUGGACCGGCAAGCCUUCGUCUUGGUCGCACCAAUUUUCUAGCAACGUCUUCUUGUGUUAUUCUUGCGCUGCACCAGCUUCCUAGGAAUACUCUCUUCUGUACAUGUGUUCGAACUGCAUUUCUUUGCUCCUGACCUUUUGCUGCAAGCCGUGACCCUUCCGCCCACCCCCAGAGACGAACACCGUCAUCCAAGACCCAACCCAACAGGGUGUCAUCCUUGGCCCGGCGACUCCAUCCUUCGGCCGCAUUUAACCCAUGCUUGGCACUUGGAGGGGCCAUUCAUUGAAUUGUCGUUCGAACCUCGGCGCCCGCCACUCCGCUCUCGACGACAGUCUGCCUCUGCAGUCUCGACACUCGCCGCGUUCCUGAGGCAUUUGCUACCUACCGUAUACCCAACUUUCGGACUGCAGAAGGGCUCCAGACCUGCCUCGCAUGACAGUUGCCCCCUGCGCAUAACUCCUGGACAGGGACAAUGGCCGAGGUGGAUGUUGCGCCGACCUUCGGUGCGGAGUUGAAGGAUGGCUUCAGACCUGCAAACGCCUGGGUCGCCAACGGCAUAGCGUGGCUCGAUGACAUCCAGGGGUUCUACCGCGAACGCGCAGCGAUCGAGAAGGACUACGCCAAACAACUCACGGCCCUCGCACACAAGUAUUUUGAGAAGAAAGCGAAGAGGUCGGCGGGCUUGGGGGUUGGUGACACGCCGACCAUGACACCUGGUUCUAUCGAGAGCGCUUCCGUCACGACAUGGACCACACAACUCACUACCCUCGAGGGCCGAGCCAAGGAACACGACAACUACGCGAACGACCUCAUCACGAAAGUCGCGGAGCCCACGAAGGUGCUCGCCACGCGGUUCGAGGAGGUCCGCAAGAAACACGCCGAGUACGCCGACAAGCUGGAGAAGGAGAGGGACUCUUCGUACGCCGAACUGCGCAAGACGAAGGGUAAAUACGAUGCCGUGUGUCAAGAGGUGGAGAGCAAGCGCAAAAAGUCCGAGUCGUCGUUCGACAAGGCAAAGGCACAGAGCGCAUACCAGCAACAGAUCAUCGAGAUGAACAAUAUCAAGAACACAUACCUGAUAGCGAUCAAUGUCACCAACAAGCAGAAGGAGAUGUACUAUCACGAGUACUUGCCUGAGCUUCUGGACAGUUUGCAGGAUCUGAACGAAUUCCGGGUACUGAAACUGAAUGGCCUCUGGACUUUGGCGUCACAGCUGGAACUCGGCAUGUUGCAGCAGAGCCAGGCAUUGAUACAGCAUCAGGCCGACGAGAUCCCACGGAACGAGCCUCACCUCGACUCAAUGAUGUACAUCCGCCACAACAUGGGCGCCUUCAACGAGCCACCAGACAGGGUCUUCGAGCCAAGCCCCGUGUGGCACGACGAGCCGACCAUGGUGGUCGACGAGACGGCCAAGAUCUACCUGCGAAACGUGCUAAACAAGUCCAAAAGUUCGCUUGGGGAGCUGAGGCGGGAGGUAGACAAGAAGAGGAGGGAGGUGGAAAAUGCACAAAGGGUGAAGAAGAGGGUCCGCGAGGGGCAAGACAAGAGCGAUGAGGUGACUGUAGUCGCGGCCAUGUUCGCGCUCCAGGAGCAGCUCCACGCCGUGGACAGGAAAAAGAUCACCGCCGAGGUCGAGACGUCCACCAUCACCGCCGUCGUAGGAGACGUCACCCUCGGCGCCAAGAAUCACAACUUCAAAGCCCAAACCUUCAAGAUCCCGACCAAUUGCGAUCUCUGCGGUGAGAGGAUAUGGGGCCUCUCUGCCAAGGGGUUCGACUGUCGCGACUGCGGCUACACAUGCCAUAGCAAGUGCGAGAUGAAGGUCCCCGCCGAGUGUCCGGGCGAGUCAUCCAAGGAGGAGCGCAAAAAGUUGAAGCAGCAACGGCAGGAAGCCGCCAACUCGCUUCUCAGCCCUGGCCCCGCCUCCAGCGAUAAGGUUGCAGAGCUGCCAGUGUUGUCUAGGACAAAUACUGUGAAUAGUAUCUCUUCAGGAUACGCGGCCAGCGCGCACCGGUCCAUGACGAGCGCGAUGAGCCCCACGGAGGAGGCUCCGCCAGAGGUCCCUACGAACACAAGGCCUACGUCUACGAUCGGAUCCGGGUCAGUCAGGAAGAACAGGGUCAUUGCGCCCCCACCAGCGGCGUAUAUCAGCGAGUUGCCAGGAAGUGCGCCGAAUGGGUCGGGAGCUGGACACCAGGAGGAGAAAGCCAAGAUGCUGUUUACGUUCGAAGCCAGUGGCGAUGGAGAGCUCUCUGUACCUGAAGGCAGGGAGUUGGUCGUGCUGGAGGCUGAUUCUGGCUCCGGCUGGACCAAGGUCCGCGCCGGCUACAAGGAAGGACUCGUGCCGACGUCAUACAUCGAGAUACUACCCGCCGCGGCGAUCGCGCCGCAGCACACGGGGGCUUCGGCGCGUCCGCCCUCGACUUAUAGCAACUCGGGCUCCUCCAUAGGCGGCACGCCGGCCGUGAAAAAGAAGGGCCCCGCGGUGGCGCCGCGGAGGGGCGCCAAGAAGCUGCGGUACGUCGAGGCGCUCUACGAUUAUACCGCGCAGUCCGACACCGAGCACACCAUGGUCGAAGGGGAGAGGUUCGUCCUUAUCAAGGAGGACCCCGGCGACGGCUGGGCCGAGGUCGAGAAGGGCGGGCUUACGAAGAGCGUACCUGCUAGUUACGUGCAGGCUGUUUGAGGCUAGACCCUUCGAGACGAGGCCAGGCGUUGAUGGAAUUCGUUUGUUAUUUUGCAUCGGGAGCGGCGACAGGGUUGUUACUGUACUCAGCCAUUCAUGUCCGCAUUGUAAUGGCCUUGGGGGUGGCUCGCGAGAUUGUACAUAGGUGAACUGGAGAGGCGCGUUCAAAACUUGAACGAUAGCUUCAAUGGUGGCGCGGCGGCCUGAUGGCCGUGCUGGUCUCAAAUUGAUUAUGUAGAAUAGAGGUAGAGUCAUGACGAGCCUGCUGUUCUUACAUGGAGAUGGUCAAGCGGUCUCCCUCCACCCUUUGGUUUAAAGAACUGUCUCCGAGUUCUGGGUCCACGCCAUUAGAAUCAAGACGUCUGCAUGCAGUAAAGCCAACCGCGAGUAUGCCAUGAAAAGCAUGUUUGGCAAUUCUCAUCUAUCCUCAAGUCACUGCUUUAGUUAUCGCAUGUGAAGCAGCAGCCUCCCUCGCCUGCUCGGAGAGCGCCCGUCAUUUUGCUCGAGCUGGCCCCUUCUAGACGGCACCAGUCUUCGAGCCUGCUCCCAGACAACCGGAGCAAUGUGCCGGUUUGUCCAUGCGGAAUAUUGAGCCUCACGCAUAACAAACAUCACGACGUUGUGUUCGGCCGUCUCGCGCUCGGCACAUGAGCUCCUCACGGCCAUGCUCAGCGGAUCAACCGUGGGUGCCACAGGAGGACGGCUCAAGGCGUGUAGCCGCGAUAGCUGGUUUCUGCAUGCUCUCAGCCGUCACAUCAAACUUCAUGAAAGAUUGCCGAGCUUGAACAGAAAGCAAAGAUAUGUUUGUAGUUGUAAUCGUUGGCCGAGAAGGUGCCAUCAGCAUCAACCGGCACGGGAACAUACACGCAGUUGAGGCACAAUCUCACAUGGCAGCGCAAGAACGCCCCCCCCCCCCCCGCGCCAUAGCAACGAGCCUCAGAAAAACCUUCGGUAGUGAGGAAGGGUUGAUCAAAGAUAUGCUGUGUGUGUACUCGGUGGGAUCUUGGUAGCAAUCAGCACGGCCAAUCUCUGAGCCAGAGUAGCUGCGAGGGACCGAUUCGAUGACACAGCCUGACGAUGUUAGAUUACAAUCCUCAGGUUUUCUGCUUCGGGGUACAAGGAAAAGCACGGUGAAGCCGGGGUUCUUCACGUGUUCCGGGCGGUCGGCACGUAGCCAUAACUUGUGCCGCCGGUGAGGUUUUUCAGACUGAUGGGAUAGGGCGAAAGGGCACCCCUUUUUGAUAUGUCCAUGCUCGUCAUGUUGGAGCCUCCAGUGCCGACUCUCGAUUGUCACCGGUAGUGCAAAAGAUCUUUCGUGCUUGUUUGGAAAAUUAACCUGAUACCGGGUGCCCAUGCUGCCCAUGUUACGUCGUUGUGCACGAGGCUGCCAGUGUUACUUCGUUGUGCGACGAGCACAACGACGUCACAUGGAAGAAUCGUCCGGAGUGCAGGUCCAUCUGAAUGGUCGGUGAUGCGCUGAACUUCAUGCGUUGUCCAGGUGGGCAGGCCAGCCCCACCAACAAAUCGCUUGCCCUCCCAGCCUCUCUAGACUACACUCUACCGAUGCAUCUGGGUCUACUGCCUGACAAUCCGUUUCCACAACGUCUGCACUGUGUCCGUGUGGAAGGAAUGAGAUCUGCCACGCUUCUCCAGGCGGGUUCGGCCAAGCAAUUCCAAGACCUGGGGCGAGCCUGGGCAAUUGCUUGGUGAAGCUUUGUUCGACGUCGCUCGAUGUCAGCCAGAACAGGGCGCUAACAGCAAAGGGCGGGAGGAUGUGGGUGUGGCUGUUAGGAUGCGGGUUAAAUGAGGAUUUCAGGGGUAGCGUGCGCUACUGUGGGCUGGAUUGCAGACCCAGACAAUAUGGUCUGUCAGUCAAGGGGAUCGCCACCAAGACCUAAUUCCUUAACGGUAAGCAUAACGGAAACUUGUGGAAAUUAGGACGGCUGUGGAGGCUGGUCAGUUCUGGCUCCUGAUUUGCGGUGUAAAGACCUUGUGUGUGGGAGGCCCAGGACUGCAAACUGGGACGACAAGACUCCCUAACCUACAAGCAGGUUUUGGGCAACACGGCGCUGACACGGUUACCCACAAUCACGAAGGACACUGAGCAAGGGGUGAUCGUGAUCUUGAUCUGGGUGAGAGCCGAGCCAAGGGAUCAAUUGGACAUGUCCU